AUGGAGGAGGACAACCAGAACCAGGAGCAGCGGAGCAACAAGGUCCCCAGAAGACCAGCAGCAGACUGGGACUCUGAUACCAGCCAUGUUCAGGAGCCCUCAGCAGACGUCAAGCUGGCAACCGGAGCAGGAAAGGACAAGAAGGCAGAGGAGGAGGAGCAGCCUGCAGUACCUCCUGCAGCAUUGAAGGAGGAAGAGGAGGAGCAUUCUGCAGCACCUCCUGCAGCAGUGAAGGAGGAAGAGGAGGACGAGGAGCAACCUGCAGCAUCUCCUGCAGCUGCAUCAGCAGCAGUGAAAGAGGAGGAGGAGGAGCAGCCUGCAGCAGCAGUGAAGGAGGAAGAGGACGAGUAUGUGGUGGAGAAGGUUUUGGACCGCAGAGUGGUGAAGGGAAGAGUAGAGUUUCUGCUGAAAUGGAAGGGGUUCUCAGAUGAGGAUAAGACAUGGGAGCCGCAAGACAACCUGGACUGCCCCGACCUUAUCACCGAGUACAUGCAGAAACACAAGGAGAAGGAGGAGAAGAAGAAGGAUGGCAAGAGGAAGAAGGAGGAGAAACAGAGAGGAGGAGAGGGACCCAAACGUCACCACUGUCAACACUGUGACAAAUCCUUCACAAGAUCUGCAUAUUUAAAGAUUCAUCAGAGAAUUCACACUGGAGAGAAUCUACACAGCUGUGAUCAAUGUGGGGCAGCUUUCGUAGAAAAGAGAACCCUAAUAAUACAUCAACGCAUUCACACUGGAGAGAAGCCGUACAGCUGUGAUCAAUGUGGGAAAACCUUUUCUCAGAGUGGUGGCCUUAAAUGUCACCAGCGUGUUCACACUGGAGAGAAGCUGUACAGCUGUGAUCAAUGUGGGAAAAGUUUUACUCAUAGCAAUGGCCUUAAAUAUCACCGACGUGUUCACACUGGAGAGAAGCCGUACUGGUGUGAACAAUGUGGGGAAACGUUUUCUCAGAGUAGUAACCUUAAAACACAUCAACGCGUUCACACUGGAGAUAAACCUCACAGCUGUGAUCUAUGUGGGAAAACCUUUUCUAGGAUUGAACAUUUAAAAAGCCACCGACGUGUUCACACUAGAGAGAAGCCGUACUGGUGUGAUCUAUGUGGGGAAACAUUUUCUCUGAGUGAUCACCUUAAAAAACACCAGCGUGUUCACACUGCCGUGUUUCCUUUAGGAUUUUUUUUAGUGGUGGCAGCUCCGAACCCCCCACCCCCAUGAAACGGAACUGACACU